AACAACCCCCCCCCCCCCCAGCGAAAAGAAAAGGAUGUCCAGUGGUGAGCAACGAACUCCGCGAGAACGAAAAACGAGUCAGUCGGUUUCGAACGAUGCCUCCAAAACUUACACCUGUGUCGCCAGUCACGGUUCCCGCGGAGACAUGGCGGCAGCUCCUUCGAUCACUCCUGCGCGAGGCAUCCUAUCUCCCCGACCCCGUUGCCAGAGGCUACAUGCAUCGCUAUGUUCUCAGUCGAUUCCGACACUACACGAACAACCCCAGCUUCGAAGAACGGAAUGAUCUCUGGCAACGCUGGCGAUUGCGGAAGACAGCCAUCAAGGGCCUGUCAGUACUACGAAGAGCCAAUGAAGGUUAUAUGAAACCACUAGAGAAAGUCCUACGCAUGGCAUAUGGUCGCACCGGGAGUCGGAGAAGGCAACUCGUUCUAGACCUAAUUGCUCGAGCGACUCCGCCUUCGGAGCCGAAACCCAAGUGUUUGGAAGAUCUUCUGGCCAAGAGUGGCAUGACAGAGGACUGGAAACCGCCUGAGGUCGUUCAAGAUCUGUUGAAGGCUCAGCUCCAACAACCUUUGCUUCAACACCUCGAUGCCGCCCCAAGACUCAAGGAUUUCGAGCCAGUCAUACCCGAAAAGAAUGCAUGGGCUAGGCCGGUUCCACAUUGCCGACGAAGGAAUAUCAGAAAGAAAUGGUACAGCAGAGUCUUGGCCAACCUCCUUCCACCAGUCCCACGCCGCGAGCUAGGGCUUCUUGAAGGUCUAAUGUCAGGCCGAUUGCCAUGGACGCCACCUAAAAGAAGGAAAGCCAUCGUAGCUGCUCCUGCUCCUCCAUCUGAGCCCAAACUUGAUGUCGAUUUCCUGGUGGAUGGCCCAAAGAAGGGACAGACGUUCAAGCCCUAUGCCGGCGGGCGACCUCAUGUGUUCACACGUCGGCUCAUGGUCAGAGCUUGGAUGCGCAUCUCAACUCUAAUACCCCGCGUUCUCAUAAUUAAAGAGGUCGGGACUGGGAACUCAAAGCACAGGUUUACAUGGAAACGAGAAUCUGCAACCAAAACAAUUCUCCCAGCGAGAAAGGAGAUGAGUGCUGAGGUUUUUGAGGGCGUCGAUUCUCGGGGGAGAUUGCUCGCAGAUCGGCCGAAGCAAUAGCAGCAAGGCAACGGUCAAUCUCAAGACGCACCUGACGUCAAUUCUCACCAACAUACACACUCCUUAAGACACUACUUAAGG